AAGUUUCAUGUGUUCAUAUCUCAAUUUACUUUGCAGGAACACCAGUGGAAAUUUCUUCAGCAUGGGUCCAUCCAUCCCAGCCUGGAAUACUGACAACACAACAAUGAAUAGAAGUUACUACAUUACAAGCUCACUCUGUGUCACCAUGUAUAAAAUCUUGAGCAUUCUCACUGCCAUCAUUUGCAUGGUUGGAGUUGCAGGAAAUGCCAUAGUGCUGUGGCUUCUGGGCUGCCAUGUGCACAGGAAGGCCUUCUCUGUCUAUGUCCUCAACCUGGCUGGGGCUGACUUCCUCUACCUUUGUUUUCAGACUGUGUUUUCCCUGAGACAAAUCCUUUCACUGUUUGAUGUCAGCUACUUCCAUAUUCCAUAUUUCACCCGUAUAUUAAUUUUUGCUUACCUUGCAGGUUUAUGUAUGAUUACAGCCAUCAGUGUUGAGCGAUUCCUCUCUGUUUUGUGGCCCAUUUGGUAUCACUGCAAAUGACCAAGAUACAUGUCAUCUGUUGUGUGUGCCCUGCUCUGGGGCUUCACUCUACUGUUAAGCCUCCUGUUGUGGUUUGGUUGCAAUUUACUAUAUAGUGAUUACCAUUAUUCUUUCUGUUUGACUGUUGCUUUUGUAUUUAUACCAGCACUAUCUGUGUUUCCUUGUGUUUUCAACCUGGCCCUGUUGGUCAGGAUCUUCUGUGGCUCACAGAGGAUUCCUGUGACCAGGUUGUAUGUGACCAUUGCACUCACAGUGCUGGUCUUCUUACUCUUUGGUCUGCCCUUUGGUAUGUACUGGAUAAUUUUCCUUUGGAGUGGGAAGUGGUCUAGUGUAUCCUUUUGCAAUAGUUAUGAAAUUACAUCUUUCCUGUCCUGUGUUAACAGCUGUACCAAUCCCAUCAUUUACUUUUUUGUUGACUCCAUUAGGCAUUGCAGGUUUCAGAGGCAGACUCUGAAGAUGCUUCUGCAGAGAGCAAAGCAGGACACUCCUGAGGAAGAAGAUGGAGAGAGGGCUUCUUCAGGAAAUCCUGGACAGCAGGAAACAGCCAUGUAUGGUAGUUGA